AUGACUCUCAACAUUAUCAUCUUACGACUACUGCUUUUUGUCCUACGGCAGUCCUACGCCAGCAUUCCCUUCAGCCCCAUGAUAACUGACCCAUACUUAUCUUCUACAUUGGAACCCUACAUGGACGACGCUAUCGCAUUCCAAGACUACCUAUCCUCCCAUCCUGAUGAAUUCAACCAGCCAGAACCAGAAGUUGAAACCACUGACUAUUACGUAAAGGGCGCUUCCUGGGUCCGCUUAGAAAAGACAGAGUUCAAUAACUUCAUCUCAAUGCUAAAGAGAAGACACGGCCGUGGCAUUAUCGGCAAUGGCAUAGAGCUCGACGAGGACAGGCUAUUCCUACGGAUGGAGGAAACUAACCUCUUUGAUGGUCUCUUGUAG